UGAUUCGAGAGACCUGUCAAAACCCACACUGUAUAUAAUAGUUGUCAAUUAUGCCACUGAGGAAAGAAAAUGGAUUGGGUAUUUUAAAAAUAACUUUUGGGCAUUUUAAAUUUCAAUAUAACUUAUCAUAAUCAUCAUAUUGUAACGGAUUUCUAGAUAAAUCGUCUAUUGCUCGUUAUUCGAGCUUACAACUUCUUGCUUAUGUCUCAAUUGUUCUUAUCACGACAACACUCUAACUAGAACUGUGUUUGCUGCACAAUCCGGCAGCCCUUAUAUAGUAAAUCUCUAACAAAACAUUGCUUCUAGAACAUUCUGGCAACUAACAAUUCGCUAACUAGUUGCUUCUGGCAGUGUAUCGUUGAUUCGAUUUUGUUCUAUCAUCCGUGUUCGUCACAAUAUUAUGCAAAUAUUUCGCAUUUAUAACAAAGAAUAGCAAACAAAGCUUAAGUUUCACGUUAUUCGAAAAUAUUUAUGUCAUACCUUGAAAUUUCGUGUGGCACUGCUUUUGUCAGGUACUUUUAACGGGUUUAUUUCGAAAUUCCAUAAUCUUCAUAAACAGCGAAAGAGUAUGAGAGAAAAAUUGAGGAAAAUGAGAAAAUCUCGCUUCAUGUCAUCCUUGACCGCUUCUGCCGUCCGUGUACGUGGAUAUCCGCGUAAAUUGGAUUUUUGCCGAAGAAACGAGUCAGCUGAUUGCUCUUAUACAACACAGGGCGGCAGAUAUUUUGUAGUAAUUAAGAAAUAAACUUUAAUAUAUUUUUAAUCAAACUCAAAAUCACAGAGGAAUACAAUUAUUUAUGGAUAGUUUUUUAGGUAGUACAUUAUGAAAAAUUAUAACUGAUAGGUUAGAUGCGUGAAAAAUCAUGUAUACAAAUUGAGCAAUGACCACAUUGGUGAAAUGAAAACAAAAGAUAACAACUGAUUUCGACGUUGCCCCUACGGGCAUAACAUUUGAGAAAUUUUGUUAAAUAUGUUCGGUAAGGACGAAAGGGUGGAACGUCGGUGAAGCGUUGAAGCGGUGGUGAGCGUUCUUGAACAUUGCGUUUUCAUCAAAUAGGUCGUAUAAGCUAAUGCGGUCUACGGUUUUGCGUCGGUAACUAAGUGAAGCAUCAGAGAUGAUGUCCGAUUUUUAGUGUCGUUAGUUAAUAUAGGUACGUGAUAAAAUAGUUCUAAAUGGCAAUGCUUUAUGUUCGACUUUCGUAUUUCAGUCAAUAUUUUCAUUUUUGUUUCCAACCACAAGUAUUUCUAUCGAAUUAAAGAAUUGUAGCAAAAUACAUAAACUUUACUAUUCAAUGGUGAUCUUUAUAAAUUGCGGAGCAAUGAUUUCAUGGUAGCCUCUAAUAAUUUCGAAAAACGUGUAAAUAAUUAGAAAACUGAUCGACCCACUGGCGUAAAUUCAUUCAUACAAGCACUUUGAAGUUCGCGUUAAAAAUUUAAUUUUACAACAGUGUGCUAACUGUUUGUGUAUAUCAAAGGUCCCAUAAUUAUGAGUGCGGACGGUUCUUCCAUACGCUUCAGCGACCACACAUUGGACAAAGCAACAAAAGCUAAAGUAACUUUGGAAAAUUAUUACAGCAACUUAGUAACUCAAUACGGAGAACGCAAACAACGCCUAGCUAAAUUAGAGGCUCAACUGAAGGAUGAAAGCCUAACGGAAUCACAAAGACAGGAGAAAAGGUUACAACAUGCCCAGAAAGAAACCGAAUUUUUACGUCUGAAAAGAUUGCGUUUAGGAGUUGAGGACUUUGAAGCACUAAAAGUUAUUGGAAGAGGAGCGUUUGGGGAAGUGCGACUAGUACAGAAGAAGGACACAGGGCAUGUGUAUGCUAUGAAAGUGUUGCGUAAAGCAGAUAUGCUUGAAAAGGAACAAGUGGCACAUGUCCGCGCUGAACGCGAUGUUCUUGUUGAAGCAGACCACCAAUGGGUAGUUAAAAUGUACUACAGUUUUCAGGAUCCCGUAAAUUUGUAUUUAAUUAUGGAGUUCUUACCGGGUGGUGAUAUGAUGACCCUCCUAAUGAAAAAGGAUACGCUCUCAGAAGAAUGCACGCAGUUCUACAUUAGUGAAACGGCUUUAGCAAUUGACUCAAUACACAAAUUGGGAUUUAUUCAUAGAGAUAUAAAGCCAGAUAACUUGCUACUCGAUGCACGUGGACACUUAAAGCUUUCUGAUUUCGGACUCUGUACGGGAUUGAAAAAAUCACAUCGCACAGACUUUUACAGGGACCUUUCACAAGCGAAGCCAUCCGAUUUUAUUGGAACAUGCGCUAGUCCAAUGGAUUCAAAAAGGCGAGCAGAAUCAUGGAAACGGAAUCGCCGUGCUUUGGCAUACAGUACAGUUGGUACCCCCGACUACAUCGCUCCUGAAGUAUUCUUACAGACUGGUUACGGACCGGCGUGUGACUGGUGGUCAUUAGGGGUAAUAAUGUAUGAAAUGUUAAUGGGUUAUCCCCCAUUUUGCUCUGAUAAUCCUCAAGAUACAUAUCGCAAAGUGAUGAAUUGGCGGGAAACGUUAAUAUUUCCACCUGAAAUACCAAUAUCCGAGGAAGCAAAAGAUACCAUUGUCAAAUUCUGCUGCGAAGCUGACCGUCGUCUGGGUUCACAGCGUGGUCUUGAAGAUUUAAAAUCUGUGCCGUUUUUCAGAGGAGUUGAUUGGGAACAUAUUCGAGAGCGUCCUGCAGCCAUCCCCGUAGAUGUGCGAUCUAUCGAUGAUACCUCCAACUUUGACGAAUUCCCCGAUGUUUCGCUGGAAAUACCAUCUGCCCCUAUACCUCAAGGCAGCGAAAUAGCUAAGGAUUGGGUGUUCAUUAACUACACAUUUAAGCGCUUUGAAGUACGAAAUUUGGAAUAAAGUUGCUAUCUGAGUACUGCUACGUAGAAAUGAUUAUAUUUGAUUCAAUGGUUUAAUAUCGAUAUUGAAUAUUUGAAAAUUGUAUUUAUUGAGUUUCAUUAGACUAGUGUGCAUAAAUAAUUAACUUUAUUAAUACAUAAUCGUUAUUUCAUAUCCAACCAUAUGUGUUAGUCUAGUGGACAUUUUGUGAUGAUUAUUUCAAAUCAUAUUGUAAGUCUUGUUUAAAAUAUUUCUAUUUAUAAAAGUUAUAUAUCGUCAUGAAAAAAAACCCACCAUAAGAAUUCGAAAUAUAGUUUUUUUUUAUUGAUAAUGAUUCACACGUCAUAUUACAUAUAUGUACAAAUUUUAAGUUUCAGAUAUCACCAUGUUAUAACCAGAUUUUGAAUUUCGUUUCAAUAAGAGUAGUUUCCAUUUCCUGUGAACUUAUGUAAAUGUAUUAUUUAAUAUUUUAGGUCAUGCUGUCUUCUAUCAUAGAUUUUUCUUUGAUGAUAUAUAUUCAUACCUGAGGGCAUGAGUAUUUUAUUUAAUAAUUCAAGAUAUAUUAUAAUGUGUAUUUACUGAUAAAAAAAUAUGCUAUGAACUUCGUAAUACUUAAUAUAAAAUAAUGUUUAAUUUUCGCCUAAUUGCUGAUGUUACGUAUAAACACGUUAAGAAAUUAAUUCAUUGUCCCAAAAAAGUUUUAUAUUAUUUUUGGUAAUGCAUAGAAAUAAACGGUAAAAAUAUUAACAUAAAUAACGCAAUAAACGACGAAUAUGAAUUUCCAAAA